AUGUCACAACUAAAGAUGAAUAACGACGCAGAAUUAAUACAAUCUUACAUUGAUCGUAUUAAAGUAAAUUUACCAACUAAAUAUAGAAAAUUAGAAACCAUCGAGACUGAUCCAAUAGUUCAGGCAACUGUUACUGCUAUUGUGAAUAUGUCUACCUUAAGGCUUGGCACAAUCGCUAGUUCUUUAACAAAAUUAUUAGAAAGCGUCACAGAGGAUCUGGAAAGUUCAAAUGUUUUAAUAGAUUUUGUUGCUCCAGAAAAAUUGCAGAUGCAAUUAUUCUUAUUGAAAAUACUUUCAGCGUGUAUGAGUAACCAUUGGAAAAAUCAUAAAAUUUAUCGUGAAUCUCAAAAAGAAAUAAUAAAUGAAAGUGGUGGAGGUGAAACAACCAUUUCCACUGCUAUUCCAAAUUCUCAAAACCAUCAAAAUAAUGUAAAUUCAAGUCCAGAAUCAAAAAAUCCUAAAAAUAGACAAUCUGAUAAUCCACCACCAUUAAAACCAGAAUUGGCAAACUUCAUUUUACAUAUUUUGUCUAGAUUCCUUCGUCAAAAAUCACUACAAGACGAUAAUGCCGGAGUGCAAACAUUACCGAGUGGAGGUUUGCCUCCAUCUAAUCAACAAUCACCAUCAACACACGAAUUGCUAAAUGAAAUCUAUAAAAUUGCUGGUCAUGUUAUAUUUUAUAUUAGUGCUUCAAAUUGGAACGUUGUGUUUAAGAGAAUAAGAAAUAAAAUUAAUCAAAUUUCUGCAACAAAUGAUGAAUUUCCCGAUACUUCUGAAUUGCGACUGCUCGAGUGUUCUGAUUUUAACAAAGAAAGAUUGGAAGAGGUAUUAAAUGUGGUUUGUGUUUUUUUUCCUAGACUCAGAAGAGGUGCUCAACUGGACACAGCAAAGUUCUUACGUUAUGCGAUAUGGAGCUGGAUUGAAGUUUUCCCCGAUGAAUUUGUCUUAUUAUGUCAAUCAAAAUCAAGAAUGGGAGGAAAACCGGAUGUGUUAUUCGAUAAUUGCUAUAAUUCGGCCGAUCAGCCUCAUCGUAAACCUGUAUUAUGGCCACUACAAACAGUCUUAUUAAUUAUUUGUCCUGAUAUCUUAAAUAAAAUUGCAAACAAAACUUACGAUAAAGGCUCCCCAAAAAAAUCUUUGAGAAAUAACAACAAAUCACCUGAGGUGGCAGCGGUGGCAGCUAAAUGUUAUGUAGAUUUUUGUAAUGCAUCAGUUUAUCUAGCAAAAAGUGACUCGUCAGUUUUUACUCCAUUUCUUACUGAUAUUCGAGAAGAUUUACAGAAAAAAUUGUUUGAUCCGGUUAAACCAUUCCCAAAUGAACAGAAUAUAGACCAAAGAUUAAUGUCUGACUGUUUAUUAGCUUUAUUCAGAUUAAAUCCCCAACAAACAUUGGGCUCUUUGGUUAAUAUUUGUCUUCAAGAUGAUGCUCCUAUUGCCUUCAAAUCAGUCCUCGUUAAAAGUUGUUAUGGUAUUGCUUUAGAGGAAAAAUCAACCUCACCGCUUCCAUGGGUUCCACAGAUUCGUACAAUGUACUCAAUACUUGCUAAACCACUUCGGAAACUAUUCAUAGAUAUGAUAUACAAAAGAGAUACAAGACCGACCGAAUCCGGCGGCAGAAGAUGGACCAGGUCUGAGAUUGUAAUAAAUAUUUUGAAAUUAUACAAAACUGAUCCAAUACUUGCAAUAGCCGUUAAUGAUUCUAAUGAUCAUGUAAAAGAAAACCAAAAAAUGAUAUUUGCAAUUUCAGAAUGCAUGAACAGUGAUGUCCAUACAAUAAAAGCUACUUCUUCUGAGGCUUUAUUGGCUCUUCAUAAUGUGGAAUUGAUUGAAAAAUGGGGAAUAAUAAACAAUGAUAUGCAACAAUUUUGGCAAAUUAGUUCACACAUCACGCAUUCUAUGGCAAAGCAAUUGUUAGAAUGUAAUGAAAACGAAGAGUCUACAAGAAGUAUGUUGGAAAGAUUAUUAAAAUUAUUAACUUUUCGUAAUGAAUUCUUAAAAAAGCAUCAGGAUAAAAGCUCAUUAAAAUCUUAUGCACAGGAUCGUCUUUCAUCCAAUAUAGCACUUGAGAUAGCAUUGUUAGUUUUAUUAUGUUCUUCUGACAUUGAUAUCUGCACAAUGGCAAUAAAUUGUUUUAGUCAAUUAUGCCAAGAAGCUAAUCUGUCAGGUGCAAUAUUAAGUCAUGAUAUUGAAGAGGCAAACGAUAUCAUACCAUAUCAUAUGACAAUUGUAGAGAAUAUGAAUGUCUAUAACGAAUUAUCAGAAACCGCAGAUAUGUUUCAUGGAAAGGUAGCCCAACAACGUCGCAUACGUAAAUUGUUGCGUAUGAUGACUAAACCCACUCCAGGUAAUCUUGGUGCAUGGGAAGAAGCUUGGCGAAGAUGGAGACAAUCGAUUACCCAAUUCUCAAAAACUCCCGAUGAUCAAUUCAUUGAAUCUCCGGAUAGAAUCAGAAGAUUCAUUGGCAGGGGCCGAGCUACAAUCCCUAUUCCGCAUAAACUACCUGUGUCUCAUAGUUCUUCAUUUUCAAUCCCUGACAAUCAAGUUACCGAAUGGCAGAAUUACACAGGUUUUUUAACAUCAUUAGGGGGAUGUUGUGUAGAUGAUAAAAUAUUAAAUAGUGCCAACGAAUACGUCGAUAAUAGAUUAUCAAUGCCACAACCAACAGAUUAUCAUACUAUGGUCGAGAAAUUUAUACAUGAAAUGGUCGAUUUAUUAACAAAUGAAAGAGUGUUUAUCGGUGAAAUAAUCAGAGAAACGUUAGGGAAUGAGUUGAGUCCAAGAUUGUUUGUGAUACUGUUUCGAUAUAUGGAAACACUAGUAAAGGAUUUUUUUUCAAAUGGUCAAGUAAUCUCAUCUCCCAAGAACACGGUAAUGGUGGAACAAUCCAUCACUGUGUUGAAACUUAUCUUGGAUCGUAUACAUGAUUCAUCAGAACAUUUUUAUACUUGUGAUCUUGGCAACUUGGUACUUUCGUUUGCCAGAUAUUUAAAUAGUUUGGGCACUAAUAAUAUAGCUUUACGUUUAGAAAAUACUGUAAAUAAAAAUGAAAAAAUGCACCGAGAAUUGGAUCAAGCAUGCCUAAAAACCAUAGUUGCGCUAUUGGAUAAACUUCCACUACAACCUUCUGAUACAAAUCUUAAUACGGAUUUGGCCAAAUCCAAAUCUAGACUUUUUUAUAAAUAUUUCUCAUUUUUUAUUAAAUUAUUAAAUCGUUGUCGUAUCCUUGAGGCAAUCGAUCUUGGAACGCACUCGGCUAAAAAUAAUCACGAUUUACAAAUGCUAUUAUCAAAAUCAAGAGACUUUGUUAAAGAUCUUGGACCAUUGAAAGAUUAUACAAUUUUGGCGCUUAGCAACCUAUUGAGUGCAAAUGUUGAUUCCGGCUUGACAUUUUCACUUUCAAUGGCCUACCACGAAGAUUCAAAGACACGAACAGCAUUUAUGCAGGUUCUUACAAAUAUUCUUAAUCAAGGAGUAGAAUUCGAAGGAUUGACCGAGAAUGCUAUGAAAGAACGUUAUGAAAGAUUGGUUAAUGUGUUCACAGGGCCAGAUUUGGAUUUUGCACUUUCAUUAUGCGAAGUUUGUCCAGUUAUAGAACAAGAAAAUCUUGCCGAGGUGCUGGUACUCGCGUUUGAUUCUCGUAACAAUUUAUUACCUUUAUUAAAAGCAAUGUUUGACAAAGAAGUUUCUAGAACAUUCAAUGAUUAUGAUUUGCUUCGACGAAAUAGUAUUGCAACAAGAAUGUUGGGGUCUUUUGCUGAUAUUUACGGUGACGAGUAUUUGCGCGAGACGCUUCAGCCAGUUUUCAAUAUGUUAUUACGAAAACCAAAAAAUUUCAGAUGUGAAAUUGAUCGUGAAAAAAUGACUACAGAUGAUAAUAUUGUUAAAAAUUUAAAUAAUUUAAAAGAGGUUGCUCAAUCAUUUUUAGAUGCCAUCUUUGCUUCUUCUUCAACAAUACCAAAAAUGUUUAAAUCUGUAUGUUACCAUCUAUCUAAAUCGGUGGGCGCUAAAUUUCCUGACUCAUCUCAAACAACAGUUGGUUCAUUUUUAUUCUUGAGAUUUUUCAAUCCAGGUAUAGUUGCACCAGAUACCAAAAAUCUUUGUAAACCAAUUACCGAAGAAAGAAUAAAGCGCAUAUUGCUGUUAGCCACUAAAGUAAUACAAAAUUUGGCCAACAAUAAAAAGUUUGGCGCAAAAGAACCCUAUAUGGUUGACAUGAAUAAAUUUUUAGAGUCUAAUAUUGAAAGAUUUAACGAAUUUUUACGUGAAAUUUCCCAAAAAGAAUAUUCAAUUGAAGAAUUACGAGAAAAUGAUGUGCUCCCGCGUAGAUUAGAUGAUGCUCAUAAAAAAAUUUUACACAAACUUUUGUAUGACAAUCAAGAAAGGAUGAGUAGAGAUUUACAAACUCGUAGAGUUAAGAACAAUCUGCAAACAACAGAUUCGGAACAAGCACAAAAAAAUAAAAGUGAAUGGGACAGAAUAUCCACAUUGUUAGCACAAUUAGAUCCACCAAAUAUCAAUUCAAAUAAGGAGUUCAAGAGAUACAAUGCUAUUUAUUAUCAGUCCAAUAACCAUUUAUACGCUGAAUUUAUGAAGCGUUAUGAGAACCGAAACUUGGAACCAAUUAUCACUAAAAAAUUGUUUUAUCGAUAUGGUGUGUCGAAAGAGCGUAGACCUGUUUUUUAUUAUAUUGCCCGAAGAGUUGACGCUGAAGCUAUUGAUAUUGAACUUUUGACGUACUACGUUCUUCACAUAAUCGCAAACUGUAUGAAUAGACCAUUCGAGAUACUUUUUGAUUUGACACAAUUUGGUUUAUCAAACGAAAUACAAUCACAAUGGGUUCAACAAUUUAUACAAAUUCUUCCAUCGGACAUAAUUGAAAAUUUGGCAACACUUUAUUUUUACAAUACAAAUUCACCAUUUAAAAAAUAUUGUAAAAAAUUAGCACAUCUUAUCACUAAUAAAUUGGCCAGAAAAAUUGUUUUUUGUUGUUCAUUGAAUGAUCUUCAUGAAUAUAUUUUACCUACAGAAGUUCAAUUACCAAGCACCACAACACAAUUGGACACAGAUCAUUGUACUUCUUUCAACCAUGUUAGUCGCAUAUCUCACUAUCGCAUGCAAGUUAAUUGUACGAUGAAAGUGAGCAAUGAGCACAUUCAAGUCAUAACGAACAGAAAACAGGAUUUAUUUAACGGAUUAAGUUGCUAUUUGAAUGAUGUUUAUCACAUAUCAGUAAUUGAAGAUGUGAGUAAUUUAUCACAUAGAUACGAUGACAGUGAAUUUGUAAUCAAACAAAAUAAUGGUAGACCUUCGUUAGCAUUCUCAAGUUCUAGACGUGAACAAAUUAUGCAAGCAAUAAGAACAUCUAAAGCAGGUUUUCAAAUAGCUAGACCAUCAUCAAAUGCUGAACGGACAAUUACCCCAAAUAGUGUACCAGGCACGUUUCUAAACAUGGCAUUGUUAAAUAUUGGAAGUGAAGACCCAAACUUAAGAUUAACUUCGUAUAAUCUGUUGGUGGCAUUAAGUCUUGCUUUUAACUUUGAUGUUGGAAAUCAUUUACUCAGUGCUAAAGGUUUAUGUAUUCCUGUAAACAAUACAAAUUUUGUUGUACAACUAAGUCAAAGAUUGGCAAUAAAUGAAGCACGUCUUACGCUGGAAUUUCUUACUGAAUUUUUUGUUGGAUUCAAUAAAUCAAGCAUACCACAAAAACAUUUAUGUCUCUUGUAUAUGGCACCUUGGUUACAAAAUUUAGCAUUGUAUGUAGUAAAUGGACCUGAUAAUCAGCAAUUUAUUCUGAAAGCUAAAGAAAUUAUUCGAUCGUUGAUUGAUUUGACUGCAAAAGAAACUGAGUUAUAUACCGCUAUUCAAACUAAAAUUUGGAGCACAUUGAUAGGUAUAGAUGAACUGACAAGUUUAAUUAUAGAUGAAUUUAUUGCAUAUGCAGUUGAACAUGGGAUUGGUUCAAUACAAUCAGAAACGGUGGCAAACACAAUAGUCACGUUAUCAUCAAUUAGUGUUCGUGGUAAAAUAAUUUCCAGGCUUCGAAGGGUUAUAUCAAAAACAUCUUUACAACCAAGCAGAGACCUAAAAGACAAUCCAUCCUGGACUGAUAUUUCUGUUUUGAUUCGAUUCAACCUGAUGCUCUCAUUCAACAAUCUUCAACACAUAUCCGUUCACCUCCCGGAAUUAUUCCACAUCGUAUCACUACUGGUAUCAACCGGAUCACAGCUUAUACGAGCAUCAAUUCAUGGACUUAUUGUCAAUCUGGUUCAGAGUUUGUGCACAACACCGUCAUCUGAUAGUGAUAACAAUGAAAACCGUAAAUUUCUAAAACUGUUGCUGACCGAGUUGUCAGAACCAAAACAUCGAUUUUUUUUCGGAUUGACCAAUUCACCAGGAAAUGGUGCUUUUGAUAUAUCAGCAAAAUCAACAGAUAAUUUAAGUGAUAGCUUACCAUUAAAUUCAUUGGAAAAUGUUAUUCAAACUUUAUUGGAAGUAAUGAAAUAUGGCGCACCUUCGAUUGAUGUAGCAAAUUCAUGGAGAGCACGUUGGAUGGGAUUAAUUACAAGUACAGCAUUUCAAUAUAAUCCUGCGAUACAACCAAGAGCAUUUGUAGCACUAGGAUGUCUUGCACAUGAAGAAGUAGACGAUGAUCUUUUGUAUCAGAUAUUGGUAGCACUCAAGGGAGCAUUGAAUCAAUUUGAUCAAGAAGAUUGCUUGCUAGUCAUUAGCAUACUGAUGUGUCUUACCAAUAUUGUAAAAAAUCUACCAAUUGAAUCACGUUAUCUCCAAAAAAUGUUUUGGUUGGCGAUGGCUCUUAUACAAAUAGGUCAUGUUCCAAUUUUCCAAAGUGCAUUAGGACUAUUACACUCUGUAUUGUAUUCGUUGGAUAGUAAAGGAUUUUUUAUACAUGAGGGGUUUGAUAAAGUUUUGAUGAGAUCAAGAAGAUCGUUGGAAUCUGUUACCGAAAGAUUAGACGAGAUAUCCGGUGUUAAUUAUGAGCAUUUUUCAUUUGCAGUGGCUGCUACACUUUUGAGAUGCUUGAAAAAUGGAGCAACGAGAGUCGCAACACAAAAUGUAUUAAUAUCAUUUUUGGAAAUAGCAUCAAAAACUGGAGUUCACAAUAACAAAACGACAAUCCGUUCAAAUUUACUAGGAUAUAUGGCAGCUCUUUUACCAUUAUCGGCUAAUAACGUUGACAUGAAAGAGUUGUUGUUGUUGUCGGGCGCAAACGAUAUAGAGAUAGACAACUCGGAGCCAACUUUUAAGAUUUUUGAGAAAAUUGAUAUACCAGAUAAUCAAACAGCUUUGUUACUAGUAUCAUUGAUGGUAGCAAUGUUAAGUUAUGCGGAACAAGAGACCGAAAAAUUGUUUUUAUAUGGAUUUUUAGCAGAAGCAGCAGAAAUUGUUCCAGAAGUUUUUGCUCUGGUGUAUGAAACAUUGAUGCCUAGAAUGAUUAACAUUGUAUCGGACGAGGAAAUUUCACCAAUAAUAAUAGAUUCAGUACAAGCAAUUAUUAUUACAGCAAUUUCCGAACCUGAAUAUAAAAAGAAACUAAAAGGAACUCAACUGUAUUAUUUAAAUGAGAUUGGAUUUAAAAGUUUGUCAGAUAAUGCAAUAAAAGGCGAUUUAUCUCAAAGCAAGAUUAGAAAAAAUUUGGAAUUAACGUGUCAAUUAAUAGAAUCAAUUACUCGUAUAAAUUAA